AUGGCUUCCAAUCAAAGCUCCGGUGGCCUUUCUGCCAUCGAAGCUCUCCAGAAACUCGAGACCGAUGCGGCUAUCCUGCGCCAGCAGGCCCAGAACAUGGACCAAGCCGACCUCGUACGGAACCAGCAGGCUCUACAGAGGCGAUUGCAGCUGUUGAGCGACCACCUCCAACGACCAGCCACUAUCAACUCCAUCGAGGUCCACGGCGCCAAAAACACUCGCAAAGGCUUCUUGGACCCGGUCUUUGCCCCUCUCGUUAGCAACAGUCGCAAUGCCGGCACAACUCUGGGGGAGGUCCUUGCGGGCGUGCAAGAAGCUACCGCCAAGCUGGAGCGAUUCGACAUCUUUCACCCCGAGCCUCAAGUCUACCUUUCCGACGCCCGCGAGUCGAGCCCCCACGCCGCCGGGACUGAUAUCGAUGUAUCCAUACGCGUCGCAGAAAGGUCGCGGUUCAUGCUAAAGGGUGGUACCGAUUUGGGCAACAGCGAGGGCUCCGGGUACAUCAACUUGCUCUGCAGGAACAUGUUUGGUGGGGCCGAGCAGCUGUCUAUCAACACCAGCGCAGGAACACGGACGAGGUCGGCCUACAGCGCAGCACUGUCCGCUCCCGUUCACGGCAACCCCGAUCUGAGGCUGUCGGUGGAAGGCCUGUCAUCCGAUACGCAAAAGCCCUGGGCGAGCCAUGAAGAGGUGGUCAAGGGAGGCACUUUGAAGGCGGCAUGGCUGUCAAAACAGAACGACUUGCAUAAUCUCGCAUACUCUGGCGCAUGGCGGCAGAUCACUGGGCUGAGCGGCAACGCUUCGCCCACGGUCCGGGCAGACGCUGGAGACAGCAUGAAGAGCUCUCUCACCUACACUUUUACCCGGGAUCGCCGAGACAACCCAAUGCUUCCCCAAAGCGGUUACCUAGUAAAGAUGAUUACGGAAUUGGCGGGGUUUGGUCCCCUGCGUGGUGAUGUCGCUUUCUCGAAAUCAGAAGUUGAGGUCGCCGGAGCACUCCCGGUGCCACUUCCAGGCGUCAGCAGUAGCAGGACCGGUAUCUCCAUAGGCGGAGGUCUUCGAUUCGGUGUGCUUUACCCUCUGCCUCUCGGCUGGUCCCCCAAGGGCGAGUCCAUACCAAGCCUGAUCAACGAUCGUUUCCAACUUGGUGGCCCCACAGACGUGCGUGGUUUCAAGCUCGGAGGUCUGGGCCCUCGUGAGGGAAGUGACUCGGUGGGUGGCGAUGUCUUCGCGGCGGGCAGUGUCAAUAUGCUUCUCCCCCUUCCUCGAACAGGAGUGGACUCACCGCUCAGGCUCCAGCUGUUCGCAAACGGAGGCCGUCUGGUCGCUCUGCAAGACCAGAGUAGAGCUCGCGAACUGGAGAGCAAGGGUCUGGCCAUGAGCCCAGCUGCGGUGAAGAGCGGCAUGACAAAGGCUCUGAACGAGCUUAGCAACGGUUUGCCGAGCAUAGCGGCAGGCUUUGGUCUGGUGUAUGCGCACCCUGUCGCAAGAUUUGAACUCAACUUUAGCUUGCCAUUGGUGAUGAGGCGAGGAGAGCUCGGACGCAAAGGUCUCUCCGUCGGUGUGGGCAUCAACUUUCUGUGA